AUGAGAGGGUAUAUACUGCCUGUUAGACGUAAAAGGUCCGAUACGAUAGCAUUGCGGGAUGUCCAGCUCAUAGCCCCAUCAGCUGUUAGAUUAGGGGACACAGUACAGUUGGGUUGUAAAUGGGCUUUGGAGGGCAACGAGACUUUGUAUAGCGUCAAAUGGUACAGAGGCAGGCAGGAGUUCUUCAGCUACCUGCCCAAAGAGUACCCUUUCACCAGAAUCUUCGCUCAGCCUGGCAUCGAUGUCGAUUGGACACCUGAAACAAGAAUUGUGUAA